CCUCCGCGGGCCCCCGAGGCCAGCUUCUGGUGUGGAACUCCCUCUAUCAAUACAGAUCAUCGUUUUCUCUGUAAUUGCGUCUCUGGCAAUGAAAGGGAUUCCCUGACCCCUCUCCUGUUGGGCUGGCGGAGUUGACCCAGUCUUGCUGAGGCAGGAUGUUCCUGGUGGGCCUGUCAGGGGGCAUUGCCUCAGGAAAGAGCUCAGUAGUUCAGGUGUUCAAGGAUCUGGGCUGUGCUGUGAUCGAUGCAGAUGCCAUUGCCCACCAGGUGGUAAAACCAGGGUACCCUGCCUACCAUCGUAUUGUGCAAGCCUUUGGACAAGAGAUCCUGCUAGACAAUGGAGAGAUCAAUCGCCAGGCCUUGGGAAACAUCAUCUUCUGCCAUUCUGAGAAGCGGAAACUGCUGAAUGCCAUCACCCAUCCAGACAUUCGUAAGGAGAUGCUGAAGCAGAUCCUGAAGUACUUGGUUCAGGGGUACCGAUAUGUGAUCUUGGACAUCCCCUUGCUGUUUGAAACUAAAACAAUGUUACCAUUCAUGAAGCACACAGUGGUGGUAUAUUGUGACCCCCAGACCCAGCUGUCACGGCUGAUGCAGCGGAAUGGGCUCAGUCGAGAGGAGGCUGAGGAACGGAUUGCAGCCCAACUGCCUCUGGAAGAGAAGCGCCAACUGGCUCGGCACAUCCUGGACAACUCAGGGGAGUGGGAGGCCACUCGUCGUCAGACCCUCCACCUACAUUCCCAGCUAGAGGAUUCCCUGGACUUUUUACCAUUGAGGCUUGGCCUGUUUGCUGGUUUUGUUGGCAUCAUAUACCUGUUGUCUCGGCACCUCCUGCUUUAAUAAGGCCCUUAGCCCACUUCCAGGACUGACAGCCCAGCCUAACGAUGCUGAGGCCAAGCAACAGGGUCUUGAACACUGCCAAGGAGAAGGCAAUGUUCUAUUCUAUCCAUCCCUCCCACAGACUCUGAGCUCUUUCCUUCCUCUUCUGUUAGGCAAGCCUGCUGGGCUGAGAGAUUGGGGGAAAGGUUGGCACUAUUGUCAUAAAAGAGACAACCUUUGGAGGGGACACUGACGACUCCUGAGUUAGGAACCAAUUUACUGAUGUCUCUUUUUCUUUAUUCUGUUCCAGUGGCAUCUUUGUGUGCCACAGGGAGCUACAGGCCAAGAGAUUGACUUUGUAUGCAUCUUUAAAGAAAGUUUCCUCUCUCCCCUUCCCUCUCUUCAUCUGCAUUUGAAGUGGCUCCUAUGGAGCUUUGGGUAAUUGUAGCUCCCUGGUAUAACAUGUUGUUCUUGCUAGUUCAAUAAAUGUCCAUGAAUGAACAGUC